AUGGCUGCCACUCAGAAGCUCUACCCCCGCGGAACCGUCAAGCGCAUUGUCAAGGCUCAUUCCAAUAGAAGCGUGAGCAAAAAUGCCGAUAUCCUGAUCUUUCUAGACUACAUGCUGUUUAUGCAAGAAUUGAUGCGCGAAGCCUCCAUCCGAUCUCGCAAGUCCGGCGAAAAGAAUAUCUCAGCAAACUCCAUUCGCAAGGUUACCGAGGUAAGCUUUCAAAAUCCCUACGCAAAUUCCAAGGAUAAUUGA